UGGGAAAGUUGGGGCGGGCGGUGGCUGAGGCGCGCGGCCGGACAGCCAGACCCGCUUCCCCGCGGCUAGCUCAGGUGCCCGCUAGACGCUGACAGCGGCAAAAAUCUGCUAACUCAGGGGGCCGACUCUACCAGGGCUGAGGAGGCCUGGGGAAUGAGCCCCCAGAUCGCCUAUCCGUGCCUUCUGCGGCUGCACCGCUGCCCCCAGCUGCCUCUGCCCCAGUCGCCGGCCUGGCCUUCCCUGGCAUCACGCUGCCCCCGGGCCCCAUGGGCUCCCUCUCUCCAACCAGGACCAUUCGCCUCUGGGGACCUCGGAGCCUGGGGGUGGCCCUGGGUGUCUUCAUGACCAUUGGAUUUGCGCUCCAGCUCUGGGGGGGGCCCUUUCAGAAAAGGCUCCCUGGGGUGCAGGUGCAGUUCCGCAAGCCCUGGACUCCGUCCGUGGGACCCGCGCUUCUGUCUUGCCCACCCCGGCAGCACCUGGUCUUCCUGAAGACACACAAAUCCGGGAGCAGCUCGGUGCUGAGCCUGCUCCAUCGCUACGGGGACCGGCACGGGCUACGUUUCGCCCUCCCCACCCAUUACCAGUUCAGCUACCCCAGGCUCUUCCAGGCCUCCCGCGUCAAAGGGUACCACCCACAGAAUGGAGACAACCAGCCCCCCUUCCACAUCAUCUGUCAUCACAUGAGGUUCAACCUGAAAGAGGUACUUCGGGUCAUGCCUUCUGACAGUUUCUUCUUUUCCAUUGUCCGAGACCCGGCAGCUCUGGCCCGCUCUGCCUUUUCUUAUUACAAGUCCACCUCCUCGGCCUUCCGGAAGGCUCCCUCCCUGGCAGCCUUCCUGGCCAACCCACGAGCCUUCUACCGGCCCGGGGCCCGUGGGGAUCACUACGCUCGCAACUUGCUGUGGUUUGACUUUGGCCUCCCCUUCCCCCCUGAGAUGAAGAAUUCUCCUCCUGCCCGGAACCCCAACUCCGCACAGCUGCGUAUCUUGCCCUCUGGCAGUGACCCCCGAGCCCACAGCCCAGAUGCUGAUGCUCUGCUCCAUGCGGCCCCCACGGUGGCUCAAGGUCCCAGCUACACCUCCUUUGGCCUAGGGUCCUCGUCUUUCAUCCAGUGGAGUCUGGAUUGGCUGGAUUCGGUCUUUGACCUGGUCUUGGUAGCCGAGUACUUUGAUGAGUCAUUGGUUCUGCUUGCCGAUGCCCUGUGCUGGGGUCUAGACGACGUGGUGGGCUUCAUGCAUAAUGCCCAAGCUCGAGGUCAGCAGGGCCUGGGGGACACGGGGGACGGCGGGCUAACGGCUGAGGACAGGCAGCUGAGCACCCGGGCCCGAGCUUGGAACAACCUGGACUGGGCCCUCUACGUUCACUUCAACCACAGUCUCUGGACCCGCAUCAAGCAAUACGGCCAGAGCCGGCUGCAGAACGCAGUGGCCGAGCUCAGGGCCCGCCGUGAGGCCCUGGCCAAACACUGUCUGGUCGGGGGUGAGGCCUUAGACCCCGAAUACAUCACUGACAAACGGUUCCGCCCUUUCCAGUUUGGGUCGGGAAAGGUGCUAGGAUAUGUACUUAGGGACGGACUGAGCCUCCCGGACCGGGAGGAGUGCGAGCGCCUGGUGACGCCUGAGCUACAGUACAAGGACAAACUGGACGCCAAGCAGUUCCCACCGACGGUGUCUCUGCCCCUCAAGACCUCCAGGAUCCUUUCUCCAUAGGCAUCAGAUGUCUAAUUGCAGACGAGCUGGAAGCUGCUGGGGUGGGUGCGGGCGUCCCUGCUUCAUUCGGAAAGAGCGCCUGCUCCCUGCCGCGGCCGUUGCCCGGCCAGCCUCCAACUGCUGGGACU